GCCACCCAAACCAGGCGACACUAUGUUCAUUGUUUAUUUUUUAUUUACGGUGAGUUAAGAAAAAUUACCGUGUAAACUUGUAAAAACAUGAAGCAAAUUUUCUUAGUUUUUUAAAAACGAAAUUGCAUUUUGUUGAGACCCACAAAUGGUACCGCCAUCGUCAUGAACAGCGCGUUGGUACGUACGUUUUUGUUGUGUGUGUUGCUGAGUGGUAGCGCGCGUCCAUGUGCAUUUCUUCGGCGGCAUGUUCGCGUACGUUCGUUUCCGCGACGACAACGAAAAGCGAAUCGUCCCAGUGGCUGCAUGUAAACACCUCAAGCCGAACGAUACGAGCGAUUUUAAUCCUCGCAAAUGGUACAAAGUCUUCUGGAAAGAUGAAACACACUGCGACCACUACCACGCUCAAGUGAUUAGGCCUUACGCUACCGAGGACGAUGCAGGGAAGGCUACCGAAAAACGAACUUCCAUUCCGCAAAGACCUGGCAGCGACUCCUCCUAUAGCUGCAGUUCAAAUGAAGUGGAUGGAUCGUUUGAAGAAAAAAAAACCUCGUUCUGUGCGAGGGCUGCAGCCGCAAGCCAGAACAACAAGUUGCGCCUUUGCCAUCGCCAUGUGCUGCCACGCACCACCACCAUGCAGCCGCCGCGCACCGCUACCGUGCAGCCACUGCGCACCACCACAGCGACCCCGGGCAGCCCUGAAGUGGCCCACACAAGUGCGAGGGAGGCCGAUUACGUGACCACUGACGGAGAGGUGCAUCUGGGCAAAGGGAUCACCAUUCCUGAGGGCCUGUACAGCCGCCUCAUGAGCACAAAAAGCGAAACCCGCUUUGUUCGUGAGGCGGCCGUUGCCAUUUAUUCAACGGCAGGCUUGGUUGGGCGGAGUGUAAUUGGAACAGCCUCUAACCGGACAAAGGGAGAGGCAAAACCUCCCUUGGAUAAAGAAAAAUACGCUGUGCUUUCUGAUUUCUUCAACCAUUUUUUGAAAAGCAAUUUUCCAAUUGGAGAGGUCGAGCAAAAGAAGAAGAUACUAAAUAAGGCGCUCGCAAACAAAAUUAACGAUUUGAUGAAAUCAAAAGAUUAAGAAGUCAAUGGAACAUCAAAUAAAAG